AGCUAGGUUUUGUCAACUUCCUGACAAGAGAUUAAACAAUCCUAAUGUGUCUAAUAGUAUGGCUAUAGUUCCGCACAAUUUGAGCUACGUGAACAACACGGUGCCACAACAACAACCGACGUAUCCUUACUACAAUGGUGGAUACUGUGGAGGAGGAGGUCUUCGCCAGCGGGUGUCUAAUCUGGAGGAACUCAUUGCCAAGAUCAAGGGGAAGCAUGAAGCAGAUGAAGCAAGUGAAAAGGCGGCUCGUGACGAGGAGGAGAGAAAGAAGAAGGAAAAGGAGGAAGAGGAGAGACGGGCAAAAGAUAAACGUGAACGGGAGGAGAUGCACUCGUUGUUUGCCAAAGAAAUGAACGCAAGGCUGGAUGGGAUUAGUAAUGCUAUCGGUGGGAAGAAGGAAAAAGAAGACAAUGAAGUGAGCAAAUUGAAAGAAGAAAUCGAGAGGCUCAAAAAGAGUCAGCGAGGUAGUGAAGCAUCAACAUCAACAAGUGACAAGGAGGCGGUUAAGGCGCUGCAAAAGGAAAUUUCCGAUAUGCGUAUGGCAUCGGAAGCGCGGUUUGGUUCGCUGGAAGAUGAGAUUGAGAAAGAAAGAAGAUUAAGAUUGGAGGCUAUGGCGGACGCAGAAGCAUGGAAAAGCGAGGCUUUAAGACCGGGUAACAAGAGAGGGAGUUUGGCGAUUGGGGCGUCUCCGACCACCCAAGCAAGGGUGCGACCACGUGUCGUACCGACUUCGACUCCGGAAGGGACGAGGAAAGUGGUUGACGAGCACUAUCGUAGUGUCGUUAAACGACAUGGGAUGGAAGUUGAUUUGUUGAAGGAAAUGAGAUUGAAGCAAAUUAAAGCAAGGCGGGAAGCUCAAGAGGAACUAGCGAAGGUAAGGGAGAAGCAGCUAGAAGACGAGCGCAAGAUGAAUAAAUUGCACGAACGCAUGAGGGAGUUGAAAUUCGAGAAAAGGAAACGACGGCCGAUGACGAAUCUGAAGCCGCAGUUGGAUGAGGCGGCAGGGGUCUCCGUGCGAAAGACCGAUACUAGGGCUAACAAGUUGGUUAGUCCGACUAUGGAAGGUGGGGAGAGGGAGAAGUUCUUGAAGAAAGCCAGGAAGGGCCUGAAGAAUCUUCGGAAAGAAGAAGUGCGGGGUAUCUGCGAAAAGGAGGGGAUCACGUACGACAAGUUGGACGUUACGAAGGAAGAGAUUGCUCAGUUACGUACAGCGCGGGAAUUCAAGGAUGGCGAAGGUAAAGGUAAGCAGGUGGUAGUACAUGAAGUAUCGAAAAACGGGGUAAGCGAAGCAGGUGCCGAUGGUGACUCGGCAACUUCGUAAGAUUGAUCCCGAGCAUGAGCGAUCUUUGGAGGUUAAUCAAUUGUUGUUGUAAGC